CGCAGCGUUCCAGAGGAGGAGAAGCUGCGAGCGACGCUGGUGGCCAUGGAAGGUAGAGCGUUGAGCUGGUACCACUGGUGGGCUAGGUGCAAUCCUGAACCAACUUGGGACGGGUUCAAGCUGGCAGUGGUUCGCAGGUUCCAGCCAUCAAUGGUGCAGAACCCUUUUGAGUUGUUGCUGGCGCUCAAGCAAACAGGGACAGUGGUGGAAUUUGUGGAAGAGUUCGAGAAGUACGUUGGAGCUUUGAAGGCCAUUGAUCAAGAAUUUGCAAGGGGAAUUUUCAUGAAUGGCUUGAAGGAGGAGAUACAAGUGGAGGUAAAACUUUAUGAAUUGAAGUCUCUUUCUGAUUUAAUUCAAAAGUCAAUCAUGAUUGAAGAAAAGAAUGCUGUAUGGAAUAAGAAAGGAACCAGUAGCUUCAAUAAACAAAAUAAUCACCUAAAAACCAGUUCUUACACUAAGACUGUAACUGUGGAUACUAAGCCUUGGUUAGAAAAGAAAAAUGAAACUGGCCAAGCUGCUACUUCUCUGGUUAGUACUCAAGCAGGGGAAGUGAAUAAGUUCAGGGGGGGUGAUUUCAAAAGGUUAACAGGGGUAGAGAUGAGAGGAAAACGGGAGAAAGGACUUUGCUUCAGAUGUGAUGAGCCCUAUCAUAGGGAGCAUAAAUGCAAGAAUAAGCAAUUCCGAAUGAUUAUUUUGGAGGAAGAUGAAGAGGGGGAUAGCGACACUGAGUUUCAUGAAGUAGAAACUUUCAUGUCCUUACAAUUGUCUCUUUGUUCAAUGAUGGGGCUGACUUCCACAAAAUCUUGGAAGAUACAAGGAGAAGUUCAUAAUGAGGUGGUUGUGGUCCUCAUAGAUUGUGGAGCUUCUCAUAGCUUCAUAUCACAAGAUGUGGUACAGAAGUUGGAUUUAGUGGUAGCUAAGACACCAUCUUACAUUGUAGAAGUAGGUGAUGGUCAUAGGGUGAAAUGUAAGGGAAAGUGUUCCAAAUUGUGUUUGCAGCUGCAAGGGUUAGAGGUUGAGCAGGAUUUCUAUUUGUUCACCUUGCAAGGGGUGGAUUUGGUGUUGGGUUUGGAUUGGCUUUCUAGUUUGGGAGAGGUCAAGGCUAACUUUGGCAAGUUGGAGCUGACUUUAUCUAAGGAUGGCAAGCUGAUUACGUUAGUGGGAGAUCCUUCAUUGACUAAGACAGAAUUGUCUUAUGGUGCCUUCAUGCAAAUUCUGAAAGAGGAAGGAGAAGGAUUGCUAAUUCAGUAUGACACUGCUGAGCAGAAACCAGCUGAGAUCUCAGUUGUUCCAGCAGCUGUUUCAGAGGUUUUGCAGCACUUCUCAGAGGUUUUCGAGGAUCCUCAAGGUCUUCCACCUCAUAGGAGGUUAGAUCAUACCAUUCACUUGAAAGAGGGGGCUGAGAUACCUAAUCUCCGACCCUAUAAGUAUCCUCAUUACUAA